CCUUUGUCAUGAAGUACCACAAAACAAAUAUUCUGACAUAAUAAUUCAUCCACCAAUCACCAUCAUCAUCCCCAACCAAUAAUCUUGAUUCUUGAAGGCUCUUUUACUUCUAUCAUCCUUCAUGUCACCAAUAAUCAUAUAUCUACUUCUAAUAUUUCAUCUGCUUACUCCUCCACACCCAAUAACUGCCGAUCAAUCCUUCAUUUCAGUGCUCAUAACCCAAAAUGGUCUUGAUUUUGUCAAGAACUUGUUUGUAACAAAAGCAAUAUCUACAAUUACUCCCACCCCAUUUAACCAAAUAGACAGGGUUGUUAGAAUUCCUGUGAUUGGUAAAGUUCAUGUUGUUGUUUCUGAUAUUACUCUUUAUCGGCUUAAUGUCGGGUUGUCACAAGUUAUACCAAAUGUCCUUGGUGUCUACAUUGCUGGCUCAGAUGUUUCCUGUGAUUUGAGCAUGAAAUGGCAUUAUUAUUAUGGUUCUCCGUUUUUUCCCAUUCCGAUUUCGGAUAGUGGAACUGCUGCUAUUAAGGUUAAUGGCAUGGAGAUGGGGAUAACAUUGGGCUUGGAUAUUAGAGAUGGAUCUAUGAAACUUUCCAACAUUGAAAGUAAUUGUCAUAUAGAUGAUAUUUCUAUAGAUCUAGAUGGAGGUGCAUCUUGGCUCUAUCAAGGGUUCUUGGAUGCUUUCAAAGACGAAAUAGUGUCAACGGUAGAAAAAUCGAUCACCAAAACACUAAACAACGAAAUUUCAAAGCUUGAAAAUGCUCUACAAAGUCUUCCGAAACAAAUUUCAGUCGAUAACGUGGCAGCAUUAAAUGUUACAUUUGUUAACAACCCCUUUCUAAGUGACCGAUCAUUAGGCUUUGAGAUAAACGGGUUAUUCAUAGAAAAUAAGACCGACACACAUUCAUACAUAAACAGUGUGAACGUCCGAGAUGGGUUGCAACCACCCGUCCAUUGUUCAGAUCCUUCGAAAAUGAUCGGAAUUGCACUAGAUGAAGCUGUUUUCAAAUCUGCAUUUGCCUUAUACUACAAUGCUAUGUUUAUGCAUUGGAUUGUUGAUAAACUUCCGGAACAAUCGCUUUUGAACACAGCAGGGUGGCGAUUUAUAAUUCCGCAACUCUACAAAAAAUACCCGAAUGAUGAUAUGAACUUAAAUCUAUCUCUAUCCGAUCCACCAGAUGUGCAGAUAUCACAGCAGAAAAUUGAUGCUAUCGUUUACGCAGAUUUUAUUUUAAACGUUGUUGAAGGGGUUGACACAAUACCCGUUGCUUGUAUAUCACUGGAAAUUUCUGGCAUGGGUUCGGUUCAAAUUACCGGAAAUAACCUUGUGGGAAAUUUUAAAAUGGAUGAUCUUAACAUGUCGUUGAAAUGGAGCAAGAUCGGAACCUUGCACAUGUUUCUAAUUCAGCCGGUGAUGUGGACGCUGAUUGAAACGGUUUUCUUGCCAUAUAUUAAUGCGCGCAUUGGUAUUGGGCUCCCUUUGCCUCUAAUUGACGGGUUUAUGCUUCGAAAUGCUGAGAUAAUAACCUCGUAUUCUAGGAUCACUGUCUGCAGCGAUGUUACGUACCAGGAAUCGUUUGAUGGUGCCAAAAUCUACACUUCGUAAACCAUGUGUACGAUGUUGUAUAUAGUAUGUACAAUUUUUUACACAUUAUCAGUACAGGAUUUGUAAAUUUUAUUAUUUGAUGAAUUAAUAAAGGAUAUGACCAAGAAGUUACAAUGUUGA